CGUAUUGCGCCAACACAUGCAACAAUUAUAUUUACAGGCCAUUGAUCACGGCAAGGCAACUUCGUGCCACAAUGGCCCCCACUUCCUUUUGCUGGGGCUGCCUUUCGAACCUUCAGCGGGGGCCACGUCUGUUGCAGCCGCUCUCCGCUCUCCGAAUCGCUCCCUUCCACACCACAGCUCCCGCCUUUGCAUUGCCCAUAAAAAAAAAGCCAGGCUCAGGUCAAUCGGAAGCCCCUAAGUUCCGCGAAUCCCUAUCCGCUCGAAUUAACAAAAAGGUGAAGCGCGAGAAACCUCGGCCCCCAGCCCCGGGUGAACGCAGGGCGGCGAAGGAACGCAUUGUACUCAGCAAUACCAACGCCCUCGAGGUUCCAGAUAUGCAAGAGCUCUCUGUGGAGAAUAUGACGAACGCAGACUUGCGCGGUCAUACCGUUGGACUUCCUAUGGCGUUGAUAGACCGAUUAAGAGGCGCCCGCGCCUUCAAAACCACUCAGGGCUGGAGUUUGUUUAGGAGACCUGGCACUCUGGUUAGGGAGGAAACGCUCGAACUGGGGAGGUUAAUUACUGGUAUUGGGGAUGGCGAGAGCGAAAUGAAAGGGAAAACUAUCAAGAGAAUCAUUACUGGUGAUAAAGGGACUGGGAAGAGUGUCCAUUUGACUCAGGCUAUGACCUUGGCUCUGUUGAAAGGCUGGGUUAUUGUCACUAUUCCUGAGGCUCAAGACCUCACGAUCGGCCAUACCGCCUACGCUCCAUCUCCCUCAGACCCAGGAAAGUACGUGCAACAGGACGCCGUGGCUAAAGUGCUACAACGUAUGAUUGCCGCCAAUGCCCCUUUGCUAGCUAAGCUUCAUAUUUCACAAAACCACCUAAAUUUAAAGGCACCCGUUCGCCCCGACAUGACUCUCGAGCAAUUAGCUAAACUUGGAAUCGAUGACACUGCACACGCCUGGCCAAUAUUUCAGGCUCUUUGGUCAGAACUAACAGCGACCGAAGCAACUACUAAUGUUGACGGUCAAAAGCCAUUCAGUUCUCGUCCACCAAUCCUAGUCACAGUCGAUGGCCUUGCACACUGGAUGACGAAUUCCCAAUACCGCACUGCCGAAUAUGAGAUUAUCCAUGCUCACGAUCUCGCACUGGUAAACCACUUCCUUUUUCUGCUGUCGUCGGAACGUUCUUCGCCAGCACUCCCUAACGGCGGGCUUCUCCUCUACUCUACAUCUACCUCAAAUACACCAACUUUAUAUACGUUUGAGGUCUUGCUCGAACAGCUUGCUGCCCGUACCGCUGGCAUACCCACAGACUCGUCGGAAUUCCCUGCUGUUAGCCAAUACCGCCGCCCUGAUCAACGAGUCCUUGCUCUCCUUAAUGAAGCGAAAGAUCUGUCGACGCAAAGGCUCACUGGCUUGGACAAGGAGGAUUCUAAAGGCCUGCUUGAGUAUUUUGCACACAGUGGCAUCCUGAGAGAAAAAAUAACAGAGGAAUUCGUCAGUGAGAAGUGGACACUCUCUGGAAUGGGGAUCAUCGGUGAACUAGAAAAGUUGGGAAAAAGAGUCAGAGUGCCUCCGCCAAUACCUAUGCCGGCUGCGAACUGAGCUUCUCUCCACUAAUUUGAAAUUCAUUCGACUAUCAUGCAACCUAGCGGACUCAGGUUCAUUUCAAGGUUUGAUAUGUAUUUUGCAUCUUAUACCUUUACAAUAAUUACAUUAUUUCUUUUUGUUUGACCUUUGGGUGAAUUUCUCUGAAUGCUGUUUUAUUAGGGUUGUUUCUCCUAGACCGCAUCUAUUUUUUUGUUUGGUAUAAUGUACAGCUCUUUUUCCAUCUUCAUUGCUGUAUCUCUGUCAAGGUUUAAAAAAUAGAAGAUGGUGUUUUCUCUCGGUAUUCCCAUUUACUAUCAAAAAACGAGAUCGUGUUGUUUUU